AUGGCCACUACGGGAACUUCAAGACUAGAUCGUCUUGUCACCUUGCUGGACAAGGGCAGCACACAGCUCAUUCGAAAUACCGCCGCACAACAACUUGCCGAUGUUCAGAAACAGAACCCUGACAAUCUCUUUGCCCUACUUGGCAGGGUUCUCCCCUACCUGCAGUCCAAAUCAUGGGACACCCGCACAGCUGCCGCCAAAGCCAUAGGCGGUAUCAUUUCGAACGCCGAAAAGUUCGAUCCUAAUGCUGACGAUGCAGACACCAAGUCCGAGCCCCUCAAGGUCGAGGAGGUGCCCAUCAAGAUUGCCGAAAAGACUCCCGAAGUGGAUGACCUUCUUCAGCUCAGCACUCUUGACAUCAAAUUGAUCCUUAAUCAUGGGAAGAAACUGCUUGGCAGCGCCGGCAAGGAGUAUGAAUUCUCAAUGGCGGGUAUGACGCCUGCUCAACGCCUGGCGCAUCAGAAGCAGAGUCUUACUGCUCGACUCGGCCUCGGUGGUGAAUACAUGGAGGACGACUUGGUGAACGAGCACGACUUCGCAGCAAGCUCGCAGUACAAACCUGCUACAACCCCGGGUCUGACUCGAGUAGAUACCAAAUCAGGAACGCAACGACUCGACAGCGUGGGCCCCGCCACUCCCUACAGUGCCGUGUCUCCUUCAGAUCACAAUGGUCAUUCCCUGCCAGAUGAGUCCAACUUGAGCAAACGACAAUUGAACCAGCUGAAAAGGAAAAACAAGUCGGCCGCCAAAGCCGGCGCGAGCAAGAUGCGCGUGGUUGACCUUUCUGUGCGGCGUCAGCCCGAGUCUGGCCAGACACCGGCUUCAGCGGUUCCACAUCCAGUGAAGCUCAACGGCCACGAAGACUCCAACGGGGAUGCUCAACCAGACUACUUCUCGAUCAAGCAAGAAGGCUCCGAUGACACCACCGCGCUUGUCUCUGAGUACAAGGGCGAAGCUGCUCCGGAAAAGCCCCUCAUCCAACCCGACGAAGAGCACGCCCACGAUUGGCCAUUUGAUGUUAUGUGUGACUUCUUAUCGGUGGACCUUUUUGACCCUAAUUGGGAGAUCCGACACGGAGCGGCCAUGGGUUUGCGAGAAAUUCUCCGUGUGCAUGGACAUGGUGCUGGUCGUCGAUAUGGCAAGUCCAGAGCUGAGAAUGACCUUGCAAAUCGCCGCUGGCUUGAUGAUCUGGCAUGCCGCUUGCUUUGUGUUCUGAUGCUAGAUCGUUUCGGGGAUUAUGUGUCAGACACAGUGGUUGCCCCGAUCCGUGAGUCGAUUGGUCAGACUCUAGGUGCUUUACUCACUCAAUUACCCGACGACCUGGCUAUUUCUGUCUAUAACUGCUUGCAGGAAAUGGUGAAUCAACAGAAUACGGGUCUGAAGCAUCCAAUUUGGGAAGUAUGUCAUGGAGGCAUGAUUGGUCUGCGUUAUUUUGUUGCUGUUCGCAAAGAUCUUCUUCUGAGUCACACCAACCUCCUCGAUGGUGUUGUCGCAGCCGUCAUUCACGGACUUGCUCAUCCUGAUGACGAUGUCAAGUCUGUCAGCGCAGCAACCCUCAUUCCAAUUGCUGAGGAGUUGACAACUAUGCGCCCAGACGCUCUGGGCCAACUUAUUAGUGUCGUGUGGGAGUGUCUCUUGGAAAUGCAAGACGACCUAAGUGCCAGUACCGGAGCCGUCAUGGAUCUUCUUGCAACUCUCUGCUCGCACCAAGAGAUCUUGGAGGCAAUGCGUAUGAACGCGGAAGGGGACCGAUGGCAGACCUUCGACAAGCUCGUUCCCCGUCUGUACCCUUUCCUGCGACAUACAAUCACCAGUGUGCGGCUGUCAGUGUUGAAGGCGUUGGCCACGUUCCUGAAUGUCUCGAAUGCGAACAAUAUGGAAUGGGUAGAUGGCCGUGUGGUCCGCCUGAUAUUCCAAAACAUGUUACUCGAGCGGAAUGAAACGGUCCUGUGGAUGUCCUUCGAGGUCUGGAAAGCUCUCAUUACCUUCAUGGAACAGCGAGGGUUUUCUACGUUCGCCGCGGAGUUAGAGCCGCACGUAGCACCCAUGAUUGGGGCCACCAUCCAGCCUAUCGGUCAAGCAAGGAGCCCUAUUCCCAUGGACACGCUUCUUCUCAUCAAACCAUCGGGGGCUCCCAUGGUCCCCAUCGCGACAAAGCACGGGUAUACUUCUGAAUCUGAUCAGCAGGUCAGGAAACGACGAAAAUUUGAGAAACCUGACACAAAUCAGCAGCACGUUUCCCACAACACCGACGGACACAUGUUACACGGGGAAGUAGAUCUCGUGGGAAUGGAUGUCAUGCUACGCACAAGAAUCGUCUGCUCACUGGCACUCGGCAUUCUACUCAGCAAACAAAGCGCAUCUUCGGUUGAUUCAUAUUGGACUCGCCUGAUGUCUUUUGUCACUUCUCCUCAUUCAAGCUCAAGCCUGUUUGCAGCGAUGAUUUUGGAGGAACUUGCAAAGAACCAGUCCCAGAAGCCAGCGAAUACAUCAGAGAUUGUUUCACGAUUGCAGCAGGCCCUUGACGAAACCGGAAACAACUGGUAUGCAGACAUAGUGUCUUCCUUGCAUGCGGCCCGAGGCCAAUGCCAGUCUUUGGUUAGCGCUUUUCAGAAUCAGGCGCAUGUCUCUCGAGACAGGUUACCGGCAAUAGCAGUUGUCUGCCAAGGCGACAGUGGAGCCGGCCCCAAAGCCUUCUCACUCGCCGAUGCCGAGAGGAUUGUGACAACGGACUUCGAUCGUCUUCUUAAAGGCCUUACACCGGCACAGCGUGUCUCGGGAACGCAGUACCUGAACGAUGCCCGUACGAAUGCUAAGACGGCCGUGGACGAAGCCAGAAAAAUCAAAGACAGUCGAGACAUCGCGAUCAAGGCUACGCUUGCAUCGGUCCUGGUUCGACUAGAAGAAAUCCCAAAGAAACCUGGCCAGUUGAUUAAAUGCAUUAUGGACAGCAUCAAGUCAGAAGCAUAUGAGGACCUACAGGCUCGAUCCGCAUCAGCUGUUGCGGCGCUCGUUGAUCAUUAUACCAAGAGUCCGAAACGUGGCCCGGUAGACAAGCUGGUCUCUAAUUUGGUCAAAUUUACCUGCGUGGAUACUUCAGAGACCCCAGAAUUCAGUCCCAACGCCACUUUCGAAGAUAUCGUUUUGUCACUGCGAAAGGAGGAAGACAGAAAGGACCAUCCGGAUGCUGCCCGGUUUGAACAAGAGGCCAAGGAAGCCCGGAUUAUGCGGCGGGGAGCCAAACGUGCUCUGGAUGAGUUGGCGGGAGCAUAUCGUGCUCAGCUCCUUGAAAAACUCCCUGUGCUGAGAUCCCUCAUCGAAAGUCCGAUCCGUGACCUAAUCGAGUCCUCUGAUCCUGCUAGUCUGCAGGUCGACGAAGAACAAGGUCAAUCACUCGUUGACGCUAUGUCAACUUUGCGAACACUCUCGCCCACUCUGGACGCCGGUCUGCACACCUGGGUCUUGUCAUUGAGCCCUCUCAUUGGGAAAGCCAUGAGAAGCAGGCUCUCGGUCAUAAGAUACAGCGCCGCUAAAUGUUUCGCAACGAUAUGUAGUGUCAUACCGGUCGAGGCGAUGACCAGGCUUGUGCAGGAUAUCUUGCCCAACAUCAACAACCCUCUGGACCUCAGGGAUAGACAAGGGAUCACCGAAUGCGUCUACCACCUUAUACAGGCCAUGGGCGACAGGAUCCUGCCCUAUGUGAUCUUUUUGAUUGUACCUGUUCUGGGUCGGAUGAGCGAUGCCAACAAUGAUAUACGUCUGCUUGCGACGACAUCAUUCGCCACGCUGGUCAAGCUGGUGCCUUUGGAGGCAGGUAUUCCUGAUCCGCCGGGAAUGCCGGAGUCCUUGCUCCAAGGACGUGAACGGGAGCGCAAAUUCAUGGCGCAAAUGCUUGAUCCCAAAAAGGUGGAGCCGUUCCCAAUUCCCGUGGCGAUCAAAGCGGAGUUACGACCGUAUCAGCAAGAUGGUGUGAACUGGUUGGCAUUCCUCAACAAGUACAACCUCCACGGCGUUCUGUGCGACGACAUGGGUCUCGGGAAGACUCUCCAGACUCUCUGUAUUGUCGCCAGCGAUCAUCACAUACGGGCCGAGGAGUACGCCAAGACCCAAGCUCCCGAUAUGAGGCGUUUGCCGUCUCUUAUUGUCUGUCCACCAACGCUCUCGGGCCAUUGGCAACAGGAAAUCAAGCAAUACGCGCCAUUUUUAAGCUGUGUGGCGUACGUUGGACCGCCGGCAGACCGGGUCAGCCGUCGCCCUUUACUCGAAAAGGCCGACGUGGUCAUCACGUCCUACGAUGUGUGCAGAAACGACAACGAUAUUCUAACACCCAUCACUUGGAAUUACUGCGUGCUGGAUGAGGGCCAUCUGAUCAAGAACCCAAAAGCCAAGAUCACCCAGGCUGUGAAGAAGCUCAUCAGCAAUCACCGACUCAUUCUUUCCGGGACCCCCAUUCAGAACAAUGUCCUGGAGCUCUGGUCUCUGUUCGACUUUCUAAUGCCUGGCUUCCUGGGGACCGAGAAAGUCUUCCAAGAUCGAUUUGCAAAACCGAUCGCAGCCAGCCGCAAUGCCAAGUCGUCUUCCAAGGAACAGGAGGCGGGCGCAUUGGCAGUGGAGGCUCUUCACAAGCAAGUCUUGCCAUUUUUGUUACGACGCUUGAAAGAAGAAGUGCUCAACGAUCUCCCACCUAAGAUUCUGCAGAACUAUUAUUGUGAUCUGAGUGAUCUGCAGAAGCGUCUGUUCGAGGACUUCUUCAAAAAGGAGCGCAAGACGGUGGAGAACAGUGUCGGCUCGGCGGAUAAAGAGGCCAAACAGCACAUCUUCCAAGCAUUGCAGUACAUGCGGAAACUCUGCAACUCGCCCGCGCUCGUCGUCAAGGAAGGAAACAAGCAAUAUGAAGCGAUCCAAAAACAGCUUGCGGCGUCCAAAUCCAGUCUGCGCGAUAUUGCUCAUGCACCCAAAUUGGGCGCCCUACGCGACUUGCUGAUUGACUGUGGCAUCGGCGUGGACAACGAAUCAAACGACGUAUCAGCUUCGAGUUAUGUGUCGCAACACCGGGCACUGAUUUUCUGCCAGAUGAAGGAAAUGCUCGACAUGGUACAAACUGAGGUUUUGGGCAAACUCCUUCCCAGCGUUCAAUUCCUGCGACUCGACGGGAGCGUGGAAGCCACCAAGCGUCAAAAUAUUGUCAACCAGUUCAACAACGACCCCAGUUAUGACUGCCUUUUGCUGACGACCAGCGUGGGUGGUCUUGGCUUGAACCUGACUGGUGCCGAUACGGUCAUCUUCGUCGAACACGACUGGAAUCCUCAAAAGGACAUUCAGGCGAUGGACCGAGCCCACCGAAUCGGCCAGAAGAAGGUGGUGAAUGUCUAUCGCCUGAUCACGCGUGGUACUCUGGAGGAAAAGAUUCUGAGCCUCCAACGAUUCAAGAUUGACGUCGCGUCGACGGUUGUUAACCAACAGAAUGCAGGCUUGGGGAGCAUGGAAACAGAUCAGAUCCUGGACCUCUUUAAUCUCGGAGAAACGGCAGAGGGUGGUGGCGAGGCUGGCGGCACGAAGGAAGAGGACAUGGUCGAUCUCGAGACGGGUGAAGUCCGAAAGAAAGGAGAGAAGGGGUGGCUUGACGACGUGGGUGAACUAUGGGACGAGAGACAGUACGAAGAGGAAUUCAACCUCGACUCGUUUGUGCAGAACUUGAACAAAUAG